GCCUAACGUUCUGAAGUGUAGCAAGGUUCCAUAGUAACUUCAUUGACACGGUGCGAGCUUGGCUGUCGUACACUGGGGUAGUAGACGCCGCUUCAUAGCGCGAAACAGAAAAUAGAUAUUUCAUACUUCACUUUUCCUCUCCAACACCCGUGGAAAUGUUUAACAGUCUUCUCAGGGAAUUUGACGAGGACCCUUUCUUCUCGGAUCCAUUCCAGGCACACAACACACAUGUACAACAGAUGAUGCGGAGUUUAUCAGAGCCCUUCGGUCGGGACUUCAUGCCCAGUCUGACAGGCGGGUGUGACAGGGGCCGCGUAGCCGGGGGCCAACCCAACACUAGCAUGGCGCUACAGGAGGACCACAGGGACAUGGAGUCAAGGAGACCUUUCGGUAUGUUGGACGGUAUGAUGUUCGGCGUGAGGAACAGGAUGGGGAACAUGCACAGAAACUUUGAGAACCUGUCCACAGACUUGAACGCCAACACCACCGCCCACUCAUUCAGCUCCUCCUCAGUGAUGACCUACUCCAAGGUUGGAGACGAACCCCCCAAAGUGUUUCAGGCCUCCUCCCAGACACGGCGCGCUCCCGGCGGGAUUAAGGAGACUCGGCAGUCCCUGAAGGACUCAGAGAGCGGCCUGGAGAAGAUGUCUAUUGGACACCAUAUCCAGGACCGGGGACACGUGCUGGAGAAAAAACACAACAAGAAGACAGGGGAACGGGAGCUCAACCAGGACUUCCAGAAUCUGGAUGAAUCUGAGGCGCAGUCCUUUGACAAAGAGUGGCAACAAGAGGUGUCUAAAUUCCGACCAUUUGUCCCCAUGUCCCGUCUGGAGGCCUCCAAGCCCAGGGCAGUGCACCGGGCAGCCCUCACCGCCGCCACCGGCCCCGACCAGGGACGAAGGGAAAAACGAAACCCAAAACCUGAAGGAAGGAAAAUACACAUCGACGAUCUCAACGUCAAAGGCUCAGGCAUGACGAAGCAGUAGAAAAGUCCAGCGAAUAAAGCUAUGUCAGGCAACGACUCUUUGAUGCUUUAACCUUUCUCCAAGAUAAACUUGGUUUCCCGGUAUUUUGUCUCACAGAAAAUCAGAAUGACCCAGUUGUUGAUAUGCUUUUUACCCAUUAAUUUUCACACUACCAAGUAAAGAACACUUGUUAAUGAAGUCAGGCACUUAUUUUGUCAGAGUAGAUCCACACAAGUUUCUUCCAAAAAGCUCAGGACUCCUGUGGAAGUAGCAUUAAGACAGGGACACCAUAAGCUACUAGCAAGUGAUAUAUGAUACACAAUUAGAUAAAACAGUAUAUAGGUCUAUCAUUGGGCAUCAGAUCAAUGUCGUCUCAGAAAUACUGUCCUGCUUUUGGAAAUGUCAUAUUCAGAUUGUAUAGAUUGCAUCAAAAGGAAACAAACAUAUAUAUUUAUGCAGUUUGAAGUCCAUAAGUGCACUUAGAUAUCAAAAUGGUGUACUUUUUUGUGUAAUGGCCACCUGCUGUAAUCUUUGUAAAAAAUGAUAAUACCCUUUUUAUAUUGUUAUUUGAUGUGGGUUUCUCUUGUUUUUCACCAUGCUAUUUAUCCCAUAAAACACAGAAUUUAUGGUUGGGAUGAAAGUGUCCGGUUAAUUCUGAAAUAUUCUUAUCAUGGGAUUCUAGUCGAUUGACCUCAUAAGAUCCUCAGUUUGAAAAUAAAUAUUUCAUAUCAGAAGCGAA